AUGCGCUUUUCCCGCCUCUUUGGGACGACCGUCAGGCGCCUCCGCCGGGACCUCGAGGUGCUGCGCAAGUCGGGGAAUCCGCAGAUCUUGGUACGACCGGCCGAGGAGAAUCUGCUGGAGUGGCAUUUUCUGCUGCAUUCACUGCCGGACGACACGCCUUACAGCGAGGGCUGCUACCAUGGGAAGGUGAUUUUCCCUUCGGAGUAUCCCCAUGCUCCCCCAGCAAUUUUGAUGAUGACACCCUCUGGGCGCUUGGAGACCCGCAAGAGGCUUUGCCUCAGCAUGACGGACUUUCAUCCAGAGAGCUGGAAUCCUGCUUGGUCUGUCGAGACGAUCCUAGUGGGAUUGCUCUCCUUCUUCAUCUCUGAGGAGCGCGGCUAUGGCUCGAUGAGCGCCUCGCGGGAGGAGCGUGUGCGCCUGGCACGGCAGUCGCGGCGCAGCAACGCCGAGGAUGAGCUCUUCCGGCAGCUGUUUCCGGAGUAUGUGGAGAGAACGGAGGCGGACUCACCGGAGACGUGCGGAGGCUCUGUGACCGCGGACGCAGAGCGGCCCGAGACAGCCGCGGAAAGAGCCGAGGAUGCCGAGGAUCUGGAAGCCGCCAACAGCCGACGACCCUCCGUCUCCGAAGGAUCGGAGGGCGUGGCGGAGUGUUGGAUCUGCCGGGAUGUCACUGGAGAGCCCUUGAUCCAACCCUGCAGGUGCCGCGGCUCCAUGAGUGGCGUCCAUGCCAGCUGCGUGGAGGAGUGGAUCCGCCGGCACCGCCGCAGCGCGCGCGACGACGCGCCGCCGCGGUGCUCGGUGUGUCAUCAGCCGUACCAAGGCUCUGAGCGGGUGCCGGGCGUCCGGGACUUCGUCUCCCACAACUGCAGGCGCUUCCGACGGAGGUUCCGGACGUCCGGAACCUCCACCCUGUUGUCGCACUUUUUUCAGGAGUGCGCGAUGGAUGGGAAUUUAUUGACUCCUUUGCGAGCUCUGGGGGUUACCUUCGUGGCUUUGGUGACCAUUUAUCGCCUUUGGGUGCUCUUCGUUUCACUUCCACAACAUCGGGCUCCGCCGCAGCAUUGGCUUCUGCAACGGCUCUUCGUGCCGGGGCAGCAAGAGCUGGCCAAGCACCUCGCGGAGGCGAUGUCCUUUGUCACGGCCGCUGGGCUCACCGAGCUGGGCUUUCGGUCGACGAUGCAGACGAGGGAGGUAUAUGACUCUCAGCUUCCUGGUCAGAUGGGCAUGCCUUCUGACUUCCCCAGACUUCCUGGUGAAUAUGAAUUUCUGGCUUGGGAGGUGGCGGGCUUCCGAACUAUGCCCCCACUCCGCCGCCAUGUGCCGCAUCUCGACUCGGCUGUGGGUCAUGGCACCCGGGAAACCCAUCUGCCACGUCUCCGUCUCGACGUCUCCGUCGCGCCUCAGGUGCUGACUGUUUGGGUCAUCGCCGGGCUCAUCUCCUGGCCCUUCGCCGUGCCCUACGCCGUGGCCGCCGCCACGCUCGCGGCGAAGCUCGGGCUGGGGAGGUGCGCGACCGGGCGCGCGACCCGGGACGUCGCUUCGGUGGGUGGAUCGGACGAGUGGACAACCUGCAGAAGCUCUGUUUUUUUUUGA